CGUAUGUCCAGCCAAUGGAGCAUAUGUCCAUAUGCAAUGUCAAUUCCAUUCGCACCAUCAUCGGCUUGACAUAAGUUCCGACCAAAUAUCGUGCAGUUCAUAACGCUAUGUUGCGCCCAUCUCUAGAAGCGCUGUUCGCUGGACAUUCCGACUAAUACGGGGUUGAGUGGAACCACCUUGGAGUCAAAAGACGCCGGUCAAGACGGCGACCGGAUCUUAUAUAUAGGCCGGUCAAGGUGAUAUUUGAGCGGUUACUCGCCCAAAUAGCUUAUGCUCGGCAAUGUUAAAAUCCGUCGAUUGAAAAGGGAUGAGGAUUCAGCUUACAUCAGACUUACCCCUCGUAAUUGAGCGCUAGUCUGUGAUUAUCACUCUUACAAGCUAUAAGUAGUCAUUUCCGUCGUUACUUUAUUUUCGAGGGGGGAGUUGUAUCUCUGUGUUGCUAGGAAAUUACUUUGAAAAUAUAGACUUAAAAUCCGCCUCAAUGUCGGGAACAUCAAACACAACCGAGGGGCUAUAUGCCGCCGCAAAAAAUGUGGUCGCAGACCUAGCUUCAAAGCUUAGCUCGAAUUCUAAAAUUGUGACGGAGCAAGAUGCAGAGUUUAAGGUGUUGCAUGAGCGAUGGACCAACAUUGGAAAGAAGACCCCAGCAGCCAUCGUCGCAGUCGCUACCGAAGCUGAUGUCCAAGAGACUGUUAAGCUCUGUGUUGCUCACGGCGUGGAAUUUGUCCCUAAAUCCGGUGGCCACAGCCUUUGGUCGACAAUUGGCGCAGAGGGCAUCAUUAUCGACCUCACUGCUUUCAACGCUGUUGUUGUUGAUAAGGAGGCACGUACAGUGACUGUAAGCGGUGGUUCACAGAUUAAAGAUGCUGUUGCUCCGCUCUAUAAGGCAGGCUUAUGUGCUCCAUUUGGCACGGCGAACACGGUCGGCAGCGUUGCUCAAGCCGUCAACGGCGGCCUCACGAUCUUCUCCGGCAUCCUAGGCCAAACCUCCGACGCCAUCCUCUCAGCGCGUCUCGUCACCGCCGCCGGCGACCUCAUCACCGUCUCCGCCACCUCUCACCCCGAGCUCCUCUAUGCCAUCAAGGGAGCCGGCACCUACUUCGGUCUCAUAACCUCUCUCACCUUCCGCGCCUCCCCCCUCUCCGUACUCAACUCCCCCGACGGCACCAUCUGGAAAACCGCCGCCCCCUUCCCCGCCGCCCGCAUCGGCGAACUGAUCAGCGCGCUUGCGCCUCUCGCCGCCUCCCCCGAACCCCGUGCCGCGGGCGCCAUGGUCAUUACCAAAUCACCACAUGGCGAUGGUUCGACCAUUGUUCUUGCCUCUCUCAUCUUCUUCGGCAGCAGCGAGGACGCUAAUGCGCAUUUCGCGCCUGUCAAGGCGCUGGGUCCAUUCGUGUGGGGGGAGAAACGCGUCUCUUAUGCGAACAUUAACGAUGACUUUGAUCCAUUCUGCGUGACGGGAGGGUUUAAGAGACAUAUUGUUGCGGGAGUUCCAAGGGUUCCGGGGGAACCGGCAGUGUGGGAGGCGGAGGUGAAGGCGUAUGAGUCGUUUAUUGAGAAGGAGGGCGCCCAGGCGGCGAGGUCGAUGGCGUGCUUGAUGUACGUUGGAAAGGGAGAGGCGGGGAGGUGGGAAGAGAGUGCGUAUGGGCAUAGGAACGUGGCAGCGUGGAUUGAGGCGGUGUGUUGGUAUACGGAGGAGAAGUCGUAUGAGGCGGCGUGGGAGUGGCAGGUUGAGGCGUUGAGGAUUGUGACGGAGAGGUAUGAGGUAGGAGAGACGGAGACUUUCCAGAAUUCGCAGAGGGAGACGCCGAUUGAGAGUCGGUUCCCUGGGGAGGGGAGACUGGAGAAGUUGAAGACUUUGAAGAGGGAGUGGGAUCCGAAGGGGGUGUUCACCGAUGUUCUUCUGUGAGCAGGGUUGGAAUAUUGAGCAAUUCCUAGGCUGGCCUUUAUUCGGUGUUCAUGAACAACAAUGCCCUCCUUACGAUUAAAUCAAAACGAUCUCUACUCAUGCGCAAAAAUAAAUAUUUCGGGAUUAUUAGGAGCCAUCUAACUAUACAAUAACCUGUUUCAGUAAAUUUAAUUGUUUGUGUUGGUCAAAAGAAUGGUAUUUAUUAUUCCCAACUAUAUAUCACAUAAAAUAAACAUAAAAUAAACAUAAAAUAAAUAUAAAAC